AAAACAAAACAAAAAUCUAGUAAAAUGUAGGUGUGCGUCCGCUUGCUGUGCAGACCGUCCCAAUGACAUAACCAAACUCUUACUGACUGAGGAUCGCAUCGGAGUCGCAGCGUUGCAUACUGUAGUCUCAUCUAUCUUUCUUUUGCGGUUACUUCGCACAGAAACUCGGCAAAAUGACUUCUGGAGUCAGUGUACAUGAUGAGGUCAUCAUGCUGUUCCAAAAUAUGAAAAUUAAGAAGAUGUCAUCCCCAGAUGAAAAGAGGAAAAAGGCUGUAUUGUUCUGCUUGAGUGACGACCUCAAGUUCAUCAUUAUCAGUCCAGGCAAAGAAAUCCUGGUGGGAGAUCAGAGCGAUGAUCCCUAUGCUGAAUUUGUUAAUAUGCUCCCUCGGGAUGAUUGCUGCUAUGCCCUGUAUGACGCAAGUUAUGAGACUAAGGAUUCCAAGAAAGAAGAUCUGGUUUUUGUUGCCUGGGCUCCAGAAACUGCAAAAAUCAAAAACCGGUUGAUUUACGCCAGUUCAAAAGAAGCAUUAAUUAAAAAACUUACAGGUAUCAAGCACAGUGUGCAGGCUACUUCAUGGGAUGAGAUCAAGGACCGCUCUGUCAUAUGUGACAAGCUCGGGGGGGUUAUCUCAUUUGAAGGGAAGCCUGUGUAAAUAACUGCACGGUGCCGCUUUAUUGGAUUCCACACUAAAAGUCCUUUUAUCAUGUUUAUGGAAAUAAGUACUUUUUCAAGAAGAAAAUAUCUCAUACUUUUUUUUUUUCUUUCGAACCUUCCCCAUUCCAUUUGUAAUCCAGGCUGUACGACUGAUCACCAUCUUGCACCCAAAAGAGUUUCUAGAUCAGUGUUGGUCUUGGUUUUGUCAGCUUCCGAGUCCUGCAUCUAAAUGCUUGAGCAAGUCUGGACUGUAUUGCAUUGUGUGAAUGCUCAGUAUUUUUAUUUCGAAAUGUGCACUGCUGGGUAGAAAAUUCUGCCUUCCCAUUAUAUCUGCAGAUAUAAUUUAAUUAAAUAAAUUAACUGAUGGGCAGUUUGUCCUGCUCUAUCAAGGUUCCAGAGAGGAGGGGAAAGCUAAAAUUUCUUUGUGUAGGUUCUUUGGUGAUUUUCUUCUAUAGUUGUAUAGGAAAAUAUAAAGGAAGCAUUCCAUUUCUAUAGAAUACAGAACUGUCCUGUUCACAAGCAGCAUGCUUCCAAACUGUGAUGGUAACUGCAUUCCUUUUUCACCGAACUUGCAGUACAUUUCUGCUGACUGGGUUACUAGUCAAGCGAGUCUUCCAACUGAAAGGCAACUUCAGAAGCACUUUUUUUUCUGUUUCCACUGCAGUGUCUUUGAGACAUCUUUGGGUUCUUCAUGAGUAAUCAUUUCUUGUGAUGGUCGUUUUUUUUUUAUUAUUUUUUAUUUCAGUUUUGCAUUAUUAUGCAGCCAAGCAAAGUGAACAACGAAAUUCCUUGGUUUUUAAAAUGUGAGGGAAUGUGUGGUUAACAUCAGUGGUUUGAAAGUGGCAUUGUUGCCAGUUGUAAUAAAGAGAUGUAUCAAAA